UAGAGUUCUUAAUCCGCACCCAAACUGACGGCUCCAGUUCAAGACGAAAAGUUCGGAAAGAAAAAUCGCCAAAAACCAGUGAAAAUUAAGCAAUAAAUUGGAAAAGAAAUAUCCAAAAUCAAGAAAAGCUUGAGUUAAGUUUUGGGGCGUGGGCCCGAGCAAAGCAGAUACUCCAAAUUAGCCAUGUCCCUGGAGUAAGUGAAAAGUGGAAAGCGGAAAAAUCAUGCAGUCUUCCAGCAAAUCCUGGCUGCUGUGCAGCAUCCUGGUGCUCCUGGCCGUUUCUUUGGUCAGUGCAUCCGAAGAUGAAGAGCGCCUGGUGCGUGACCUCUUUCGAGGCUACAAUAAACUCAUACGACCCGUACAGAAUAUGACACAAAAAGUUGGAGUAAGAUUUGGUUUGGCGUUCGUACAGCUAAUCAAUGUCAAUGAGAAAAAUCAAAUUAUGAAAUCAAACGUUUGGUUACGUUUGGUUUGGUACGACUACCAGCUGCAGUGGGAUGAGGCCGACUACGGCGGCAUCGGGGUGUUGCGUCUGCCCCCCGACAAGGUUUGGAAGCCGGACAUUGUGCUCUUCAAUAAUGCCGAUGGCAACUACGAGGUGCGCUACAAGUCCAACGUGCUGAUCUAUCCCACUGGCGAGGUCCUCUGGGUGCCGCCGGCCAUUUACCAGAGCUCCUGCACCAUCGACGUCACCUACUUCCCCUUCGACCAACAGACCUGCAUCAUGAAGUUCGGCUCGUGGACCUUCAACGGGGAUCAGGUCUCGCUGGCCCUCUACAACAACAAGAACUUCGUGGACCUGUCAGAUUACUGGAAGUCGGGCACCUGGGACAUCAUCGAGGUGCCCGCCUAUCUGAACGUCUACGAGGGCGACAGCAACCAUCCCACGGAAACGGACAUCACAUUCUACAUCAUCAUUCGCCGGAAGACCCUCUUCUACACUGUGAAUUUGAUUCUGCCCACUGUGCUCAUUUCGUUCCUCUGCGUUUUGGUAUUUUAUCUGCCAGCCGAAGCCGGCGAGAAGGUAACGCUCGGAAUUAGCAUUCUGCUGUCACUGGUUGUGUUCCUGUUGCUGGUGUCGAAGAUUCUGCCGCCGACGUCGCUGGUGCUGCCGCUGAUCGCCAAGUAUCUGCUGUUCACCUUCAUCAUGAACACGGUGUCCAUCCUGGUGACCGUGAUCAUCAUCAACUGGAACUUCCGGGGUCCGCGCACCCACCGCAUGCCCAUGUACAUCCGCUCGAUCUUCCUGCACUACCUGCCCGCCUUCCUCUUCAUGAAGCGUCCGCGGAAGACCCGCCUGCGCUGGAUGAUGGAGAUGCCCGGCAUGAGCAUGCCCGCCCACCCCCACCCCUCCUACGGCUCGCCGGCGGAGCUGCCCAAGCACAUCAGCGCCAUCGGGGGCAAGCAGUCCAAGAUGGAGGUCAUGGAGCUCUCCGACCUGCACCACCCCAACUGCAAGAUCAACCGCAAGGUCAACAGCGGCGGCGAGCUGGGCCUGGGCGACGGGUGUCGCCGGGAGAGCGAGUCCUCCGACUCCAUCCUCCUCUCCCCGGAGGCCAGCAAGGCCACCGAGGCGGUCGAGUUCAUCGCCGAGCACUUGCGGAAUGAGGAUCUCUACAUUCAGACGCGCGAGGAUUGGAAAUACGUGGCCAUGGUCAUCGAUCGCUUGCAGCUGUACAUCUUCUUCAUUGUGACCACGGCCGGAACGGUGGGAAUUCUGAUGGAUGCCCCGCACAUCUUCGAGUACGUGGAUCAGGACCGCAUCAUCGAGAUUUACAGGGGAAAGUAAGCGGGUAGAAAAGAGAGAGAAAUUGGAGCAGCCAGGGGCUGAUUGAAAUGGUUAACAGCAUUGCAAACGCAACAAUAAUAGGCAAACGAGGUAUUGGGUCAGAGGAAAACAAUGAAAAAUUGCAACAAUUACUGCGGAUUUUUAGAUUUUAACAAUUAAUGAAACACUAAACGAUACUUGCUUGAGCAGCAUUAACACCUAAAAUAACUAACUAAUAUUAACUCUUUUUGGUAAACACACGAAUUGGAACACUGAACACACACACACACACUGAACAGUCGACAAGUAAACCUAAUAAGCAAAUAAUUCACCAGCAACAAAUGUUAAACGAAUAAAUCAAAACAACCUAGUGGAAUUGUGAGUAACUUUAUAAUUUUUAAAACGAAUCGCGUAGCUAAUAUAGUCGUAUAGAAGAAGUUUAGUUUAAGUGCAAUAAACAGAACCUUGUUAUGUUGUGCCGAACUUAAUCAUAAGUAUCCAGUUUUACGCAUGAGAUUUAAGAAUGGAAUCGCCCCCAAUCAAUUUGUAAAUGCUUCUCGACCGAUCGCAUCUAGCAUAGAGAUCGACUCAAGCGGAGGCUCCCAACCGGAGCCAACAUGAAAUCAAUAAAAAUGCAAAGUUAAUUAAACAA